AAAUGGAAAAGAAGCUUUCUGAAGAGAGAGCUUCAAAGCAAAAAGUAGAAAACUGUUUAUUGGAGGUUGAAAAACGGUGUUCUAUGUUGGACUGUGAUCUGAAACAAUCCCAGCAGAAAAUAAAUGAGCUGGUUAAGCAGAAAGAUAAACUAAGUGAAGAUGUGGAAAUCCUGACCCUGAAAAUUGAGCAAGAAACACAAAAGCGUUGCCUCACACAAAAUGAUCUCAAAAUGCAAACCCAGCACGUAAAUGCAUUGAGGAUGACAGAGAAGCAGCUAAAACAAGAAAAUAACCAUCUUGCUGAAAUCAAACUAACCCUGGAAAAACAAAAUAAUGAACUCCGCAAAGAACGUCAAGAUGCAGAUGGACAGAUGAAAGAAAUUCAAGACCAACUUGAAGCAGAACAGUACUUCUCA